GUGGUAUUCAUAAUAAAAGCUGUACCAAAGACUUGUUGGCGGAAUGAAGGCAAGCAGUUCUGUGUACAGUAUGAAGGCGUGGGUGGGGCCCUCAGCGCAUCUGAACACGCCCAGGUAUAUAAAGUCCUGCAGGAGGGUGAAGGGGUCAGACCCGCACCGGCACAUCUGCUGUACCUGUGCCGCUAUGAAGACUCUCCGUACACUGGAUACACCUUGAAGGUGCACUGCAUUCACGAGCACAGCUGGACAUCAAACCUGUUACAGACUGACUCUGAAAGACUCUCUAUUCAAACUGAAGAUCCAGCUUCUCGUUUUACAACACAUUACCAUCAUGAGCAGAAAAACACGACGCUGGAUGUUUCACAUUUUUCUUUGUCUCGGAAUAAUCUACUUGAAAAUGGGGGGUUUCUCCACCGUGUUGGCGCUGGGAGCGAGCAUCAUAUGCAACAAGAUCCCCGGACUGGCGCCCAGGCAGCGGAUCAUCUGCCAGAGCCGGCCGGACGCGAUCAUCGUGAUCGGAGAGGGCGCACAGAUGGGCAUCAACGAGUGCCAAUUUCAGUUCAAGCACGGCCGCUGGAACUGCUCCGCGCUCGGAGAGAGGACCGUCUUCGGAAAAGAGUUGAAAGUGGGCAGUAAAGAGGCUGCUUUCAUGUACGCCAUCAUCGCAGCAGGAGUGGCUCACGCCAUCACAUCGGCCUGUACGCGGGGAAACCUCAGCGAAUGCAGCUGCGACAAAGACAAACAGGGCUUCUAUGCUCAUGACAAUGGCUGGAAAUGGGGAGGCUGUUCGGCAGACGUCCGAUACGGCCUGGGCUUCUCCAAAGUUUUUAUGGAUGCUAAAGAGAUAAAACACAGUGCCAGGACUCUUAUGAACCUGCAUAACAAUGAAGUAGGACGGAAGGUUCUGGAGAGGAACAUGCGUCUGGAGUGUAAAUGUCAUGGCGUGUCUGGCUCCUGUGCCACCAGAACCUGCUGGACGACCCUGCCCAAGUUUCGAGAGCUGGGAUACAUCCUCAAAGACAAAUACACCAGCGCUAUCCAUGUGGAGCCGGUGAAAGCCACACGCCACAAACGACCAACCUUUCUCAAGAUCAAAAAACCAUACUCAUACCGCAAGCCCAUGGACACAGACCUGGUGUACAUCGAAAAAUCCCCCAACUACUGCGAAGCGGACCUGCGCUCCGGCAGCAUCGGGACUCAGGGGCGUGUUUGCAAUAAGACUCUGAUGCACCAUCCCAACGGCUGUGACCUGAUGUGUUGUGGCCGAGGGUACAACACGCACCAGUAUUCACGUGUGUGGCAAUGCAACUGCAAGUUCUUCUGGUGCUGUUACGUCAAAUGCAACACGUGCAGCGAGAGGACAGAGGUGUACACCUGUAAAUGAGCAACCACUUGUUGGACCUCGUUUAAGCAAAGAUCACCUUUAAAAAGACGGCCCAGUCUGGUGGCAUUUGAUUUUUUGCACAAGACCUAACUCUAGACGUGCUCUCUUCACUUUAAUGGACGAGCAUCAAAGCUUUACUCUGUAGAAAGAGUUGCUCAUGACGAGGAAGAUGUACUUCAGAAAUGCUGAAUCCAGUCUGGUGUCUGCAGGAUCCUGAACCUGUCUGGAUUAUCUGCUCUACUCUACUGAUAACAACUACCUGCACCUUGAUUUACCAGUGGACUCUUGAGGCCUCAUUGUGAUGAAAAUUAGGGACUCAAUAGAGAUUUUAACAAUUAAUCCAGGGGUGUCCAAUCUCGGUCCUGGAGAGCCGGUGUCCUGGAGAGUUUAGCUCCAACCCUAAUCAAACACACCUGAAGCAGCUAAUCAAGCUGUAGACAUACAAGAAACUACCUGGCGGGUGUGUUGAAGCAAGUUGGAACCAAACUCUGCAGGACACCCCGGAAUCAAUCCAACAGAGCACAACAGCCUGGUUUCCGAAGUAAGUCAGAGAUUGUCAUAUUUGUUUUUUUGUAUACUUUAGAGAUUGGCAGUAUGUAAAAGGUAUAGAUAAAAGCACACACAACUAAAUUAUGUUUUAUUAACAAAGUAGAGGAGCAUGUUCAGAUAAUUAAACUGACCAAACUCAAGACGAGCACAACUUAUAAUCAACCAACUUACAGUUGUAUAUGUAGAGCUGACCUACCUCAGUUUCCUGACAGACAAUAUUCCGAGCUCCAAUCCUAAUCAAACACACCUGAACCAGCUAAUCAAGCUCUUACUAGGUAUACUAGAAGAUCUCCAGGCAGGUGUGUUGAAGUAAGUUGGAGCUAAAGUCAGCAGGACACCGGCCCUCCAGGAACGACUUUGUAAACUCCAGGGCUAGAGCAUUCUGUAGGCUUGUUUCAGUGUUUCGUAGGUUGAAGGUUGCUAGGCGACCAACAACCGUUUUCCCAGAGGAUGACAAGCUGACAAAACUGCUGUCACUCAAGCACUGCAGUGUUUGUGUGUUCUGUGUUUAUUCACCUUAUUCUCAGCUGUCGAGCGGGCGCUGCCAUUUGAAUCUUUUU